AUGAAAUUCUAUUUCCUCAAGAUAGACGACUUACAAUGUAUGUAUUUGGAUUUCUCCUGCUAGUUUGUUUGGCUGAGAAACAAGUCAAUUGCAAUAUCCAGUGUCUGGACUGUUCUGACCGUUCAUCCCCGGAUGUGUGUCGCUACGCAACCACGUGCAACGAGCACGAGAAAUGUUUCGUGAGCCAGUAUGUCACGAGCGGAGGCGAUCUUCUGUAUUCAAUGGGAUGCCGCUCGGCGGAAACAUGCAAGGCUGGAGAAGCUGUUAGCAAGCGUCGACAGGUUGGUCAGGACGUCAUAGUGUGCACGGAAUGUUGUGAGGGCGACUUCUGCAAUGUACAGGGCUGUGGCUCCUCCAUUAAAAAACUUGGUGAUCGGGGCCCAUUCUGUUUCUCGUGCGGUGUGCAGAAUGCUCCCGACUCGUGCAGGGAUCUCACGCAGUGCUCGGAAGGACAGGUGUGUGCUUUAAUAGAGCCCCAACUGCGACCAGGCCAUUACAUGUCCAAGUGCGUUGCUCCAGAUACCUGCCCCGUUCUCAAUAUGUUGAAGUCUGAGCUCGGUUGUCCGAUGUGUUGUUACGAAGACUUCUGCAAUAACAAGUGUGUACCUCGUAACGGCUCCCACACAACCACACACACCCAGGCGCAAGUUACCUCGUCUGCCACCAGCAUUGUCCCGUCUCCAUCGACAGAAAAUUUCCCAUCCCCGAGGACAGAAAUGCUCCUAUCACUUUCGACAGAAAGAUACAGCAAUGCCGAUACAACUCAUCCAUCAUUAGCUUUACAGUCAUCAGCCCCUACAUAUACACAACCAACGGCGUUACACACGGCAAGUGUGGUGUGUUCGAAAGGCCCGCGUGACGUUAUCUUUGUACUGGACGGCUCCGGAAGUGAGGGAGGUGCCAACUACCAGAAACAGCUCACAUUCGUUCAGAACGUCGUCCAGCGCUUCAACGUUGGUUUCAACCAGACCAGAGUAUCCGUUGUUCCGUUCUCUACUAAUGUGACGAAUGGUUUCCUCCUAAACCAGUGCCAUGACAAUUCGGCCAUGUGCACCUUGAACUUGAUACAGGGUAUACCAUAUCCAAACGGGGAGUCAAACACCCAUAUAGCUCUUCAAUACGUAAAAGACCACGUGUUAACUGCAGCUGGCGGUGGUGACCGGAGCGUUCCGAAGGUGAUCAUAUUACUCACGGACGGGCAGUCAAACAACCACACCGCCUCUGUUCUCACGGCUGCACAGCUAAAGGCCAACUCGUUGGUGAAGAUCAUAACAGUUGGAAUAGGAGACAACGUAUACGACGCCGAGUUGCGCAACAUUUCCAGUGAUGCCAACCAUUCAUUUGCCGUCGCCGACUUUGACGCACUGAAGUCACUAGAUGACGUCAUACUGCAUAAAACUUGCGAUGCUUGCAACACGAAAGCUGACAUCUGUUUCGUGCUCGACUCUUCUGGCAGUGUUGACAGCUUGAACUUCCUGAAGCAGCUUCAGUUUACCAACAUGGUGGUCUCGGGCUUUCCGCUGGGGAAGGACACAGGCGCCCAGUUUUGUGUUGUGACGUUCUCCACAAAUGCCAACCUGGAAAUUGCUUUGGGUGCUCAGACGGACACUAACGCUCUUAAGAACGACGUGUUACGAAUUACUUACCGACCGGGUGAGUCAAUGGCGGAAAAGGGAAUCAGCCUUGGAACUUUUGAACUGUCAGACGGCAACAGCCCGCGCCCUGACGCCAGAAAGAUCCUAGUUAUUGUGAUGGACGGACACUCAAAUGAUCCGGGGAGAACCACCAAUGCGGCGGCAGCGGCUCAUAGACAUGGCAUUGAAACCUUUUUGAUCGGUGUAGGCCCUGACAUGAAACACUCUGAACUAACUCACAUACCAUCGGGACAAGACCACGUAUUUACUGUCAGCACGUUCAACGAUCUAGUUUCAGUUCAGGAAAAUGUUAAAAAUAUAAUGUUCUGUCAAUAA